AUGGCUCAUCGGUUAGCCAACCUUCCAGUCGCCGCCGACAAGAACGCCUCCGUGGAGAACCGGGAGUGUCAGCUGUGGGACACAGUCCAGUCAACCGUCCUGGAUGUCCUCGGCCGCGCACGUCAUCAGCACCAGAAUUGGUUCGACGACAACGACACCGCCAUCAGCAGUCUGCUCGCCGAGAAGAGCCGGUUGCACAAAGUCUACGUUAACCACCCUACCGACGCAAACAAAGCAACUUUCUACCGAAGUCUCUACCUUGUGUAACAGCGGGACGCCUAGAUGGCUCACAAAGCCGAGGAUAUCCAAGGGUACGCCGCCCGCAACGGAUGGAAGGACUUCUUUGCGGCGACCAGGACUGUCUACGACCCUACAGCCAAAAGGACCGCUUCUCAUUUCAUCGCCGACAGAACUACUCUUCCCAUUGAGAAGGCGCAAAUCCUGACGUGCUGGGCAGAGCACUUCAGGAGCGUCCUCAACCGCCCCUCCACCAUCGACCGAUUGCUUUAAGUGGCGAUGUAUGCCGCCCCCGACCUCCCACCCCUUUCCACGAAACCAUCAGGGCCAUGCAACAACUCUCCAGCUGGAAAGCCUACGGGACAGAUGUGAUCCCUACUGAGAUCUACAAGCACGACGGCCCCCAAAUUACUACUCACCGCACAGCGCUCUUCCAGGACAUGUGGCGCCGAGGACUAUUCCCUCAGAAUUUUAUAGACGCCACAGUCGUCUAUCUCUAGAAGCAAAAAGGGAACCGCCAACUCUCGGACAACCACAGAGGAAUCUCGCUGCUCAACAUCAUCGGAAAAAUCUUCGUUCGCGUUCACUUCAAUUGCCCCAACAGCCAUCUGGAACAGGAACUCCUGCCGGAAAGCCAAUGCGGCUUCCGCCAUCAUCGCAUUACCACCGGCAUGAUCUCCAUUCUUUGCCAUCUGCAGUACAAAAUAUCAGGAGAAUAGGAUACAUCUUUGCGGUGCCUUCGGGGAGCUGACGGAAGCCCUUGACACGGCGAAUCGCGAAGGGCUUCGGAAAAUCAUGCAGAAAUUCGGCUGUCCAGAGCGAUUCACUCAGAUGGGUCGUCAGCUCCUUGAUGGCAUGAUGGCGUGCGUCACGGACAGAGGCAUUCACAGUGACCAAUGGAGUGGUAAGGAUCAGGUGAAGGUACCCAAGCAUCUGUGGCACACAAAGAAUACCUUCUAUACUUAUUACCAUGUUCUUUAUCGUGCUAGUGGACGCCUACCAUAACGAACGUCCCGGGAUCCGCGCCACCUACAGGAUGAACAGCCAACUUCUCAAUCGUUGGCGGAUGCACUUUUAGCCGCGUGUAACCACAACUACCGUCCACAAACUUUUCUUCGCCAACGAUUGCACUAUCAACGCAACUGCGAUAGGGAGACAUGUAUGUAAAUCAGCAUGGACAUAUUCACCUCCGCCCGCUUCCAUUUCGGACUGAUCAUCAACAUGGAAAAGACAGUGGUCAUGCCUCAACAGACACCGAAUGCAGAGUACAGUGUCUGGGGCAUCCACGCCAACGGCACUGAAAUGGACAACGUGGGGAACUUCAACUAUCUAGGCAGCACAGUGUCACACUGCAUCAGAAUCGACGACGAAGUGGUCCACCAGAUCUUUAAAGUCAACCAGGACUUUAAAUGACAGUGGAAAUCCGUGUGGAAUCACAGAGUCGCCGUCUUAACGACACUUCUAUACGGAGCAGAGACCUGGAUCAUCUACUCCAGCCAUACCAAGAAGUUCAAUCACUUCCAUCUCAAAUACCUCCUCAAAAUACUAAAGCGGAGAUAGCAGCACGGGAUCCUGGAUGCGGAAGUGCUGACGCGGAUAGGAAUUCUCAGCAUCUGCGAAUUGCUGAGACAAUUGUAACUGCGACGGAGAGGCCAUCUCGUGAGGAUGGACGAUAACCCAAACGGCUCUUCUAGAGUGAUGUCGCCACGGGUGCUCGUCUACAAGGAAGACAAAAAAGGCGCUACAAGGACACUUCGAAAAAUCCUUUGAAACAACUGCAGACCAACCCGGAGACCUGGGAGGAACUCGCCCAGAAUAGACCGACCUGGAGAAGAGUAGUGAAUACUGACGCGGCAAUCUACGAAGCAAACCUGAUCGCUGCGCCAGAAUCAUAAGGGAUACCCGCAAGUCGCAAGCACCUUAAAUCGACAACACAAGCAACCAACUGUUUCCCUCAGGCCCACUCUGCCAGCGCACAUUCCUCUCGCGAAUCAACCUCGAAAACGCCUUCGGACGCAAUACACCAACGAUCUGGCAACGUCAAUUUCUUCUUCUAUUCGCACACCUGGAAAAAAACUCCGCGACGAAGACCAUUUUGUCACCGACAAUCACAAUAUUGCUGCCCUGCUGCUAUACAUCACCGACAUCCUCCGCCCCGCCUCAAACCCUGCGUCGACCACGGCGACAAGCUCCGCCAACACCACGAUAUCUCGCAUUCCCCUCACCGACGUCCCAUUAUCUGCUACCCUCACCACCAACACCUCACCUCCAGCAAUGUGGACUCGGUCCCAACCUGUUCUCAUUGCGAUCCCACCUUCAACUCCCAUAUCGACCUGA